AUGGAAAAUGCAAAUGACCGUGACGCAACUGAAAUCCACAACGAAUUAGUCAAUGCAGUAAGGGAACAAGUACUAUCGAUUGUCACAAUUAGACGCUGGAUUGCUAAAUACAAGGAUGGAGAAAUAGAUUUUGAUGACAAGCCUCGUUCUGGACGUCCUCGCGAAGUGGUCCAAGAACUUGUAGCCAAUGAUCCGCACAAUAUUACCCGAAGGUUGGAGGAGGAAGCGGGUAUAUCCCAUGAAAGAAUUGUGCACAUUUUGCAUAACGAAUUGGACUUGCACAAAGUUUGUGCAAAAUUGAUUCCCCACAAGCUUUCAGCAGAGCACAAAGAAAAACGAGUUGAAAUUUCCAAGCCACUACUAGAAGUUCUUGAGCAAGGCUAUAAUAAUAUCAUUAUUUGGGGACGAAACAUGGAU